CUUUCAUAAUCAACAGAAUGCCUAAAGGAUACCGUCAAAACAAAAGUGUAACACCAUAAAAUGUCCCCACAUCAGUAGGAAAGUACUGAAACACAAGCGUCAUUGAGUUCCCAAAACAAUAAUGCUUACACCAAACAUUUCACGGAUCAAUGGCAGAGGUUGUUUUAGCCUCAAGCAACAGUUGAUCCAGUAGUGAACCAAGACCAAAUAUAUAAAAAAACAAAACAAAGUGGACAAGGUGUGGUUAAAACCUGACUUCUCAGAAUUUGAUGAUGGUAGUCUUAAGUCACGGCUCUAUAAAAGGUAAUUAUUGGCAGAGGACAGCCUUGUUCUUGGGAAGUGUAGGUGCUUGUAGGAGGUUUGUGACUUAGUGUAGCAACAAAUACUGUAGGUGCAGCUUUGGCUCAUCAGGUUUCUGUAUUAGAAGCGAGCAGACUAUUCCAGCGACACAGCCAUGCCCUUACGACCAAGGGCGUCUUCUCAACCUGGAAGAGCAAACACUCUUCCGAGCUUCAAACCCUUCCCAAUCCUGCGGCCAAGAGCUUCGUCUUCUCACACCAAAUCGCCAUUGGAGGAUGAGCUGUCUUGUCCGAUUUGCUGUGAGAUUUUUACUGACCCUGUUGUCCUGAAGUGCAGCCACAGUUUCUGUCGCCUUUGCCUUCACCUCUUCUGGAACAAGAAAUCACCUAAGAGGGAAUGUCCGGUGUGCAGAAGGAAGUGUAUGCCGUCUGAGCCCACUGUGAGUUUGGCUCUAAAGAAUGUGUGCGAUGCCGUCUUACAGGAGCAAAAAGUAUCUGUUGGAGUGCCAAGCAUAGGUUCAUCCAACGGGACGUCCAAACCAGAGGCACUUUGUGCCACUCACGGGGAGGGACUCAAGUUGUUCUGCCAAUCUGAUGAAGAGGUUCUCUGCUGUGUUUGUCAGACAUCCAAGAAACACCAAGGCCACAGUGUGUGUCCUUUGGAAGAGGCGGCAAACGAUCUCAAGGAGGAAAUGCGGCAGAUUGUAAUUCCACUGAAGAAAAGUCUAAGACGCCUGUAUGAGGCCAAACAAGAAUGUGAUGACAUAACUGUCCACAUAAAGAACCAAAGGCAACAGACAGAGAAACAAAUUCACGAGGAGUUUGAAGAGCUACGACAGUUUCUUCUAAAGGAGGAAUCUGCAAGAAUUGCUCUUCUGGCAGAAGAAGAAGAGACAAAGAAACAGGCCAUUAAGAAAACAACAGACUCAAUCACUUAUGAUAUAAGCACAUUUUCUCAAGCUGUUGUGGCCAUAGAAAAUGAGAUUGCUAAUGAUGACAGCCUCUUUUUACAGAACUACAAGAAUGUCAAAACAAGAGCUCAGAUAACAUUCCACGAACCAGAAAAAGUCCCCAAUUCUCUAAUCAGCGUUGCGGAGCACAUCUCCUCCCUGAAGUUCAGAGUGUGGGAAAAAAUGCAGAAUCUGGUGGAAUGCAGUGAGUGCUCAGUUACUGAGUUUAAUGAUGUUGUGUGUCAGAAUAGCACAAUAGGUUACCUUUAUUUCAUUUGUUUGUCUGCUUUCAACACAGCCUACCCCUGUUUGUCUCUCAGCAAGGACCUGACAAGUGUGUCCAACACAGGGACAAUGCAAAAGUUGCCAGAUAACCCUGAGCGCUUUGACCAUCUUGUAUUUGUACUGGGCUCCAAGGGUUUCUCCUCUGGAUGUCAUUCCUGGGAGGUGGAGGUGGGCAAAAAUAAUGACUGGGUAAUCGGUGUGGUGAAAGCAUCGGUAGCAAGAAAAGGCAAGAUAUCAGGCUGUCCAGAAGGAGGAUUCUGGACUAUCGCUCUCUCAGAUGGGCAGUACACAGCCAUGACCACUCCACGAACACAGCUCAAGCUGAAUAGCCAUCUAGAAAGGGUUCGGGUAAAGAUUGACUAUGAUGCUGGAGAGGUCAGCUUCUUUGACUCAGUUGAUGUUGCACCUCUCUACACAUUUACUGACCAUUUUACUGAGAUGAUGUUCCCAUUUUUCUGUCCGGGAGCGAAUAUAAAUAGAAACAAUCCAGGGCCAUUGAAGAUCUGCCCAGUGAGAGUGGCUGUGUGGAACAGUGGCUCCUGGUGAUAGUUAGCUGUAUGCUGGCUUUAUUUUUUCAUAUAAUACCGUACCAGUCAAAGGUUUAAAGAAAUUUAUUGUAAUGCUAUUUAGACUGCAGAAUCAAGGUCAACUCCCUGACCUUGACCUAGACAGCAAAAUAAAACGUGUUGCCUUUUAUUUUGACAAUCCUA